AGGAACCGACAAUUUGGAAGAGAAGCUGAGAGACGCUCAGCUCGCCUCACUACGCCCUGUUUGUGUACACAGAGAGGUGUACGAAACGUAUUAAUUACAACGCUGUAAAAACAUCGCUCGAGCAGAGAUAAACUGUCCAACAUGGAUCCGUUUACGGAGAAACUGUUGGAGCGGACCCGGGCUCGCAGGGAAAACCUGCAGAAGAAAAUGGCAGAGAGACCAAAUGCAGCAAACAGACAGAUGGCCAAAAGGCCCAGGGAGCCACUGGCUGACACCAAUAGUGUGAUCAGUGAGCCAGUCGUUGAUAAAGUUCCACAGGUGUCCUCCAAGCCUUCUCCGUCCAAGCGCAGGUGCUCAGAGGAAAAUCUCCAGCCUGCAGCUGGCGAGGAAAACCAGGAGCCAGUGAUGCCACGAACUGUGGCUCACAAGCUCUCAGAUCCUCACACAGAAAAGAAACCCCCGGUGGGCCCUGCUAGCCUUCGAGCUUCCUCAUCCCUUGAGAAGACUGCUACCCGGCCUUUUGUCCAGUCUCAGCCAGAGCAGCUGAAAACUGCACAGCCAGAGCCAGAGAAGAUGGUUGUCACCCCUGCUCCUGAUCCUCCAAGCAGCAGAGAAGCAAAGAUGGUGUCUGCCAGUUCAGCCCUGCAGAGCAGCAAGGAGGACCUGGUGGAAGACCCAGCUCCAUCUGCUGCUGGCAUGAAGUCUCGUCUUCAGAGGCUAGCAGAGCAGAGGAAGUGUUGGGAUGGCACUGACACAUCUGAUGCAGUUCCGGACUGCACUCCCCUGUCCCUGUUGAAGAGACAAGCUGAGGUCCCACCGCCCACCAUUCCCACCGCAUCCUCAGGAACUCCUUUGGGGAGGAAAGGCAGACUCGCCAACCUUGCUGCCACCAUUGGAUCCUGGGAAGACGACUUAAGUCAUGCUAACAUUCCCUGUGCGAAUGUAAAAGAGAAGCCUGGUACAGCUGUUCCCAAGAUGGCAGUUAGAGAUGCCACUGUGGCUACCAGCACUAAACCAAGUGCUGCAGGCCAUGUGAUGGCCGGUUCAACUGCAAGCAGCAGCUCUACAUCCAGCUCUCAGCAGGCUGUGUAUUCUCCAGCAAAGCCGAGCUGCGUGGGUCUCCCAGGCCCACAGAUGGUUGACACUCCUGCAGCCAGACCAACACUUAAGUCAGUAACCAUCUCUGAAAAGAGCUCCGACCAGAAGAUCACCUUCCCCUCUAGUCCUCAGAACAGCUCCGUCCAGGGAGCAGCUUUCCCAUCCAGUCCCCAGAAGGCCGGCCCCUCCUCAACAUCAGUUCCUCAAAGUCCCCUGAAGAAUCAGGCCCUCUCCAGGGGCCACAACCUCCCCUCCAGCCCUGUGAAGCCAGAACUUCGUGCCAAGCCCACGACUGCUGGCCCCUCUGUCCCGCAGGAAAAGGCCUCUGCUGGACCUGGUGUGAAAUCUUUUCUGGAGCGCUUUGGAGAGAGGUGCCAGGAGCGUAGCAACCAUAGCUCUCCAGCAGGGGGCACUACCCACAACAAGACAUCAUCAUCAUCAUCAUCAGUCACGCCAAACACCAGACUGGUACAGGAGAGGCUCAGAGCUGCACAGGCUGCAAACACAGCCACAUCUGAUCUCACCCAAAGACAGAAGAUGGAGCGAGAGUCUGAGCUGGCUCAGAUCCGCAGUCGCUUUCAGAAGGGGAACAACAUGUGGAAAAACAAAGAUGAAGCAGCAGAAACCAAUAAAAACACAGACAUCAAGGAACAACUUGACAAGCCUGUGGAAGCUGAAGUUGCCCAAUGUGAGCCAAAGGAUGAACCCACAGCACCCUCUACUGAGAGACUAGGCACACCCACAAAGUGCACUCCUCCAGCAGGUGUUGGGUUGCUGGUCUCGCCUCCAGCCUCAACAUCCAGCCCUCUGAGGGUGGUCACCCGUACUGAGGAGAAAACGACUGAGGAAACCCCAGAAGAAACUGAGGUGAUCAGUGAGAGAGAGAUGAACGUGGACCAGUCCAUCAACUCUGCAGUUAUCAACGAGCUGUUUGAUGGAGUACUGACGCAGAGUGAUGAUGAGGAAGAUGAAGAUGAUGAGGAAGAUGCUUUGAAUAUCUCCUCCAUGUCCCUCCUCACUCCACUGGCAGAGACUGUGGCCGCUGUAGUGAAGAGUCCAGAGAGAAGAAUGAUGACGUCGACACCAGCCAGCUCAUUCCUCAUAAAGAGCAACACUCCAGACCAUGUUUCCAAACCUAGCAAGUUCCAGAGAGCUACCAUGGCACGGGCUGCCUCCUCAGAUAGUCUUGAGGCCUUAGAUGAAGACACACACAAACUGCCAUACAGCAUUGAUGCAUAUAGGUCCACCAGGGUGAAAGAGACAGAGAGGCCCAAUGUCAAACAGGUGAUUGUGAGAAAAGAGGACGUCUCUCACAGGGCAGAGGAACCCAGGGGAUCCAGUCUCUUCAGUAUCAAACAGAAGAUGAAGAUUCUGACAAAUGAGAUGAACCUGCAGCAGACGGUCAUUCAUCAGGCCAGUCAGGCGCUUAACUGCUGCACAGAUGAAGAACACGGCAAAGGAUCCCAGGUGGAGGCUGAGGCAGAAAGGCUGCUGCUGGUGGCAACGGAGAGGAGGGAAGCGUUGAAGGCAGAGCUGGACCGUCUGAAAGGAGACCCAACAGGCCAGAAAAAGGCCACUGCAGCCCCAGAACCUGCCGGCAUGUCUGCCUCCAAGGGCUCCAUCACCCUGCAGGAGCUGCGUUUGCCUCUCAAGGCAGACUUUGUGUGCUCCAUUGCCAACAAGCCAGAGUCAACCAAACAUUCCUUCUUCAUGAUGAUCCGUGCCGGAGCAGAGAACACUGUGGCCACACCAUUAGCCAGCACACACCGCGGCCUCAGUGGGGACACCCUGGCUUUCCCCACCAAGUUCACCAUAUCUGAAGUUUCCAGUGACUUUACAAUCGACAUUGAGGUCUAUUGCUUGGUGCAGAAGCGCGAUGUCUGCAGUGACAAGAAGAAGAAACCCAGCAAGUCAAAGAUGUUAUGGAGACAGGUUCAUGAGGCCCAUGAUUUGUGUAUGUCGGCUAUCACUCCAAAGAGAUUCCUCGCCAUCACUAAAAGUGGCCAGACUCCAGUCGUGGCCAGUCCAGGAGGCCCCAACGCUGUUCGCACCAGUAACUUCGUCCUGGUCGGAUCACACAAGCUCACCCUGUCAUCUAUUGGGAAAAACAAAUUUCCUCUGGAGAAGGUGCCAUUCUUGUGCCCUCUGGAGGGCCACGUCUACCUCAAGCUGCAGUGUGAAGUUGGCUCAAAAGUGGAGGAGAAGGGCUUCCUGACGAUGUUUGAGGACGUCAGUGGAUUUGGAGCCUGGCACAGGAGGUGGUGCGUCUUGUCAGGAUACUGCAUCUCCUACUGGACCUACCCAGAUGAUGAGAAGCGCAAGAAUCCCAUUGGUCGAGUCAACCUGGCUAACUGCACCAGUAAGAAGGUGGAACCAGCCAACAGAGAGUUUUGUGCCCGACCCAACACAUUUGAGCUCAUCACAGUCAGACCACAAAGAGAGGAUGACAAAGAAACACUAGUCAGCCAGUGCAAGAACACCAUGUGUGUCACCAAAAACUGGCUGAGUGCAGACACCAAGGACGAGAGGAAUCUGUGGAUGAAGAAACUGAACCAGAUUCUGGUGGAUCUGCGAAUGUGGCAACCAGACGCCUGUCACAGGCCACUGUAAUUACUGCACUGUCACCACCAGCCCUGUAAUCUUUUGGACUGUCAGUAUGAGUGACACAUGCCAUGACAAAGUGCAAUACAGUCUAAGAAUUGUUAAAUAUGUUUACUGGUGGAUGUUUUCCAGGAGAUUAAUAAUCAGACACAUAGCGUAUAGAUCAGAGAGUAAAUAAAGCCAUACAGCUGAAA